AUGCCUCACGUUGCUGCUCGCACCAUCUCGACUGCCUCCUACCCUGCUGGCACUCUGGCUCAUGCAGCCCUGCUACAAAGAAUGAGGCGGGACGACGCUCCCAAGUGCGUUCCCGGGCCUUUGGGAUACGAGACCACAAACGAUGACGACAAAUUUCCUUCGUGCUCUACGAGCGUGUGAGUGAUCAUUGCCUAGUCUGCGAGGAUGCAUGCCGUUGACAAGUAUGCUGCUCCUGCGAUCCAUUUGUAGACCCGAGAUCACGCGCUCGUGCUGUGCGCAAGGCACACUCCUGACCGACCUAGCCGCCGUCCCUACCAACGGCAUCGCGUGCAUUCCGAUCGCUUCGCUUAGCGCCACCUCUGCGCAAUCGGAUCUAGACGCGGCUUGGAAAGCGUUCGAGGAUUGCGCACGCAAAGCGCACGAGGACAUUUGUCCAGCCGGCACGGGUUUCGAUGUGCAGUGCAACAAGCGAAAACCCGACGAUGCGGCCGCUGCUGCUGCCGCUCCUUCUUCGACUUUGCAAGGGGAUAA